AUGCCGGUCUCUCAGGCUCCACAACUCCUUUUCCAACCUGCUUUUCCUCAUCGGCUGAACCUUUUUUACUUGGCCAACGACGUCAUACAGAACUGCAAGAGAAAAAAUGCCAUUGUCUUUCGGGAUACCUUCGCGGAAGUGCUCCCCGAAGCUGCUUCGUUGGUGAAGGAUCCCUCCGUUUCCAAAUCGAUCGAAAGAAUCUUCAAAAUCUGGGAGGACAGAAACGUGUACCCCGAAGAGACCAUUUUGGCACUAAAAGAAGCUCUGAGUACCACUUUCAAAACUCAGAAGCAGCUGAAAGAAACUCUCAACAAACAACCGAAUAAGCCGUGGAAGAAAUCGCAAACAUCCACCAACCCCAAAGCUGCUUUGAAGUCCAAGAUCGUUGCUGAAUUCAGACCACAGUCUCUCAUUGAUGAAUUGCUGCUGUAUAAGCGCUCGGAAGACCAGAUAGAGCUGAAAGAGAAGCAGCUUUCCACCAUGAGAGUGGAUGUUUGCAGCACAGAAACACUUAAAUGCUUAAAAGACAAAACUGGAGGAAAGAAGUUCUCCAAGGAGUUUGAAGAAGCCAGUUCGAAGCUGGAAGAGUUCGUCAACGGCUUGGACAAGCAAGUGAAAAAUGGCCCCUCUCUCACCGAAGCCCUGGAGAACGCCGGGAUAUUUUACGAAGCUCAAUAUAAAGAAGUCAAGGUGGUGGCAAACCUUGUCAGAGCACGUGCCCCGUCGCCCACGGGCUCCGAAUCCCCUUUCCAAGGGAUGGGGGAAGAGGAUAAUUCCCACUCUCCGGUAGCCGGAGGCCGCAAGAUGAUCUCUCCGGAGCCGGUGACGGAUAAUCGGGACGUGGAAGACAUGGAGCUCUCCGACGUGGAGGAUGAUACUUCUAAAAUUAUCGGUAGGUUCUGGAGGAGGCGUUUUUUUGGGGGGGAAUUGUAUCCGGAGGAAUCUCCUGUCCCUUCUCCCAGUAUGGACGCCCCGUCGCCCACGGGCUCCGAAUCCCCUUUCCAAGGGAUGGGGGAAGAGGAUAAUUCCCACUCUCCGGUAGCCGGAGGCCGUAAGAUGAUCUCUCCGGAGCCGGUGACGGAUAAUCGGGACGUGGAAGACAUGGAGCUCUCGGACGUGGAGGAUGAUACUUCUAAAAUUAUCGUGGAAGAGAGGAAGGAGAAACAGGCAGCUCCACCUCCAGCCCCCACCAAGGCUGAAAACGUCCCCAAAACGGCCCCGUCAACCGCGGCGACGGGCACGACCUCGGUGACGGUGACGACGCCCGCCCAGGCCCCUGUGGCCACCCCGGCUCCCAAGGUGGCCAGCGCGGCCCCCGUCCCUCCCUCGCCGGCCCUCGCCUUGCCCAACUUGGCCAACGUGGACUUGGCCAAGAUCAGCUCCAUUCUGAGCAGCUUAACGUCUGUCAUGAAAAACACAGGUGUCAGCCCUGCCUCCAGACCUUCGCCGGGGACCCCCACCAGCCCCACGGCUCUUACCAGUGGCCUGAAACCCCCCGGGGUGGGGGCUCCUCCUGCUCCUUCCAACCCUUUAGCGAAUAUUCUCUCCAAAGUGGAAAUAACUCCGGAAAGUAUUUUAUCUGCUCUCUCCAAAACCCAGACUCAGACCGCGCCGGCCUUGCAAGGUUUGUCAUCUUUACUUCAGAGCGUCGCUGGCAGCACGGCUCAGUCCAGCGACGCGGCCUCGCAGAGCACCUCGGCGUCGCCGGCCAACACGACUGUCCCUUGCCUGAAAGGGAGGAAUAUUCCUCCCAAUCCUCAGUCCUUCAUUUCCAAGAGUUUUGGUUAUUCUCCAAACUCCUCUACCGCCGAGGUUUCCUCCACCUCAGUUACCAAGGCUCCCGUUGGACACACCCCAGGGCUCUCCAGCUCCAGUUUUAAACCUCCCAGCAAUUCCUUGGGCUUUCCUGGAUCCCACCCUCCCACUCCUUCUUCCCUUUUGCCAACAGAAACCUCGUUGGCUCAAUCCUCGGAUAUUUCCAAAGCCAAGCUGGAAUCUGAACCCCCUUCUCCCAGCCUGGAGAUGAAAAUCCAUAAUUUUUUGAAAGGAAACCCCGGGUUCAGCGGCCUGAACUUGAAUAUUCCCAUCCUCAGCAGUUUAGGGUCCAGCAUCUCCACGGAAAGUCACGCUUCCGAUUUCCAACGUGGUCCCACCAGCACUUCCAUGGACAACGUGGACGGGACCCCGGUGCGGGACGAACGGAGCGGGACCCCCACCCAAGACGAGAUGAUGGACAAACCCACCUCCUCCAACGUCGACACCAUCUCCCUCCUUUCCAAAAUCAUGAGCCCUGGUUCUUCCACUCCCAGCAGCACGAGGUCACCCCUCCAGAGCCGGGAUGAUGGAUAUUCCCAAGAAAUUCCCAAUUCUGUGCACGCCUACAGGCCCUUCGGCCUCGGCAGGGACUCUCCGGCCUCUCUCUACAAGCAACCUGCUGACAGCAUGGAAAUACCUUCCUCUUUGCUGGACUCCUCCCAGGAGAAGUUUUACCCCGAUACUUCUUUCCAAGAAGAUGAAGAUUAUCGUGAUUUCGAUUAUUCCGGCCCCCCGCCCUCGGCCAUGCUCAACCUGGAGAAAAAACCCACCAAAUCCAUCUUAAAAUCCAGCAAACUCACCGAAGCUGCCGAAUAUCAACCCGUUCUUUCCAGCUACGGGCAAAGAGCCCAGGAAUUCGGCGUCAAAUCCUCUUUCCCCCAAUCCAUGAGGUCUAUCCUGGAACAGAGCGAGAGCUGCGAUCCCUUGGGAUCAUCCCCGGGGAUCUACGGGAGCUACGGCCUCCGGGGCAACGAUUCCACCUCGGAUGGAUCCCCUUCUCCUGCCAAAAACGAUGUGUUUUUCCCUCCGGAUUCCAAUCACAACAAUUUACCUAAAUCGGUGGUUCUUUCCCAAAAGCAAUACCCGGAUUCCCCUCACUCCAUCCCGCACCGUUCCCUUUUUUCUUCUCCCAAUCCUCUCUCCAGCCCUGUAGGCCGAGUCGCCGCCGCCGCCACCGGGGUGGAAAAAUCUUUGGUUUCUUCCAUUUCUGCCACUUCCACCAUGGAAUUCAAAAACAUGCUCAAAAACGCCUCUCGCAAACCUUCCGAAGAGAAACAUUUUGGGCCCGUUUCCAAAAACGCUUCGGGAGAAGGAGGGAGUUUAUCAGGAUCUACCAAAGGGGAAUCUCAACAACCUCCCGAAGAACAUUAUCGCAUCGAGACCAGGGUUUCAACUUCUUCUUGUUUGGAUUUACCCGACAGCACGGAGGAAAAAGGGGCUCCCAUCGAAACGUUGGGUUAUCACAACUCUUCCAAACGCGGGAUGUCGGGGGAACCCAUCCAAACGGUGGAAUCCAUCCGAGUUUUGGGCAAAGGGAAUCGAGGACACGGGCGUGAGGCCACCAGAGCUGCUGUUGGGGGGGGCGGGGGGGGGGGGGGUUGGUUUGAGUUAAAUCCCGGUGUCACCCCAAAUAACUUGCUAGACUCCAUCAUUCUCUGUUUGAUAAAGGUGUAG